AUGCCAUUAAUGGUGGCCAGCACGCUGCCAUUACUGCUGUGGUGGCCGAGAUGCCGUGACAGUAGGUGGCAUACAGUGAUGGUAACCAGGUGGCACCGUAACAGUAACUGGGAGGCUGUUACUGUAACCAGGACGCCGUUACUGCCCGGGUGUUCCAUUAACACCCUGGCCCUUGCAGGGGCUGUUGCAGCAUCACUGGCACUGGCCAUGGCAGCACCGAACAGCCAGAGCUCCUCGCUGCAGCAGGAGGAGGUCCAGGCAAAUGGGAGUGCUGGAGCAAGGCUCCUGAGGAGCUGUGGGCAGGGGGCCAGGGAGCACCCAAAGUGCUGGGCAUCAUCCCUUGGGGUGCUGCAGUGGAUCAUGGAGUCACGGCUGAAGAAGCGUGUGGACCUGGAGCUGCACCUUGCAGGCAGGGAGCAGGCAGCGAUCCGCAGAGACGCCCUGUGCCAGCUCGUCCUGGAUGAGCAUCUACAGCACCAGCAGGAGCUGCGCCAGCAGGGGAAAGCCUUCUAUGUGGAGCGGCUCUGAGUGCUCAGCCCCGUGUGUGGCACUGGCCUGGCAUCGCCCAGCUCCUGGCUGAGAAUAAAACACGUUGAACAAGA